GUGUUUCAGUAUCACAAGGCAUGAACUCCAUGUCCACAUUAGGGACACAGUCCAGUAAUGCCACUGCUGUAAAUCAUCUGCAAAUGUCAUCCACCAGUCAGUCAUUAAGCACCAAUCAGCCAAUGAUGUCAACCAAUCAAACAGUGAAUACGCCUUCUUUUAGUACAACUCCAACACAGAGUGUUGAUAGCACCCAAUCUAGCAUAGCAACCACUGCAUCUAAUGCACCACAAGUUGCCGUUCCUACUCAAAUAAAGAUUGCUGACAAGGUAUUAACACUGAGUCUGACACCAGCACAGAAAGAUAAAGUCCAGUCAUAUUUAGACAGGAUGACGCCCGAGCAACAACUUCAGUAUUUACAGACCCAGCAGCAUGUCCUACAGAGAAUCCAGAAACAGCAAGCCUUAAAUGCACAAAUAAAAGCACAGGUUGAGGCACAGAAAAAACAAGCUGCCCUCAAUGGUCAGGGCCAAUUGGCUGCUAUUGCUGCGAGUCAACAGAAAGGUCAAAGCACAGAAUCUACAUCAUUAGAAAGUGCAGCGUUUAAGCCAGAGUUGAAGACUAUACCCAUACCAAACACUAGCAUUGUUACACAACCAACUGAUACUCCUGUUGUCAGGGCAACAAAGAGAUCAUAUAUGGAUAUACCAAAAGGAACUUUAAUCAACCAGCAGAUUAGACAGGACCAGAAUCAUGCUUCUAAUCCAGAUACAAAGCGUGUGUUCCGUUCCCGUGGAGAUGCAUGCAGGAGAUUGUUACGUUAUCAUGUGUUCCAGAACUAUGGGCCGAGCCAGGAAGAAUUUACCAAGUUUGAUAAUUACAUGGAAGAUGUUUCAGAGGAUAUUCUGAAAAAGAAAGACAGGAUGUUUGAAAAGUUCCGUCAACUACUCUUUCAAGAAACCUUGAGGGUGCAACCAUCUUCAGAACUGGUUAUGUUACAAAGGAUGCAGAAUCAAGAUUUACGGAAGACUCUGGAAGAAGAGAAAUUACAGGUCAAAAACAAUCCAGAGUUAUUUAAACCAAUGCCAAUGAAGUUUCUUUGUAAAGAAGAAGCAGACAAAGUUGGUGAUGGUCAAGAUAACGCAACAAGGACAGAAUGUGAUACAAGUUCUGAUACCAGCAUGGAGGAGAAUACACCACAUGUUAAAGUGGAAAUAAAAGAAGAAGUUGUUGAUCCAGAUGAGUGUAGUUCUGAAGCUAGGGCAGCUAAGAUGAGAAAACUUGUGAUAAAAACUGAUGGGAUGAAUUUCAGUAGUUCUUUUAAGAGAAUGAGCAUGGACAGUUCAAGGUCAAGUGUGGAGGAGAAGGGCGAUUACUUUGAGGACAGUGAAAACACAGAUUAUGAUACGGAGCAGAACAUCUCCGAUAUUAAACAUAGUGAAAAUCUCUCAUCAUUAGAGGAUGAUGAGAAUACAAAUGAAUAUUCUCGAGAUAAAUUUAAAAAUAUGUACGAGACCGAGAGAGCGACGCUUAUUAUAUCCUCAGCAGAGGAAUCCCAAGAUACAGAUAUGGAAUCUGAACAUGCCGUGUUUAAUGUGAAUAAGAGUGUGUCCAAGCGUGAGGAUGUUUUUCAAAACAGGAGAAAUUUUGAGUUAGCCAGCGAGUCUAUGUAUUAUAAUAGUGAUAAAUCAAAAGAUACCAAAGACUUUUCUAAUAUUUCUUCUAAACAUUCAAGUGUAGAUGCAGGCAGUAAAACUUACAUUCCAAAACAUAGUGCUUCAUUUUCUAAUGGUAGUGUAGAUAUUGACGAUGAUUCCGAUACGGAAGAUAAAUUUGACAUGUAUCAGCCUAUCACAGAAAGCCUUACAGACAGCGAAGAAAACUCCUAUUAUUCUGCUGAUAAUGGAACUGAUCAAAGAUCAGUGAUGAUCGAUGAUGAUGACGACGAUGAUGAUGACCUUACUCAAGGUCAAUGGAACAAAACAGACGCUCUUAAUGUCCAUGGAGAUUCUGAUCAAGAAUCGGACCAGGAAGUUAAGGCGCAAAUGGAAAGUGCAAUAAAUUCUAUCCUCAGUCUAAGUCAAGGUGCUUCAAACGAUCCAGAUCCUGUGUAUAAUAAUUAUAGCCAAUCUGAUCAGUUUUACAAUCAUGACAGCCAAUCAAAUUCUUUGUAUAGUGAUUCAAAUGAUCUUCAUGCAGAGAUCGAUUUUCAAACGGACCAAUCACAAAGCAGCAUGGAAGGUAGUAUACCUAGUGCCAGUGGUAACACUGCGGCUGGGGAGUUCAGUGCGGAUUUAGAUGCAGCUGUUAACAGUAUUCUAAUGUAGCAUUAAUGAUUAUGAUUGUUUUUCUACAAUUUUUAUAUUACAUUUGACCCUUUUUUCAUAUCGUGUAAAUAUAAAUCUUAUGAUUUGUACUAUAGAAGGAAAAACAUAUCAAAAUAACAGUGUUGCAGUCUUAGGUAAUUUUUAAAUGAAAUAAUUCUUUUUUCAGUGCACAUUAUUUAAUUAUGUUUCAAUAAAUUCAAUUUUUUUCUAUAUAAAACAGCUAUUUUAAGUUAAUUAUAUCAUGUACAAAAAACAAAGACAGAAGUGUGAGUUAAUUCAAUUAACAGAUCCUGUAUGUUGUAAUUUUAAGGAUGUAACAACAUUUAAGUGAAAUUUUAUAUAUGU